AUGAGAUUCGGUGCCCAGGCAUAUAAGAAGGGCACUCCCCAUUCCAGCAAUCAUUCUAUUCAAAAAGUUCAUUUACAAUCUGCCAGUGGCUCAUCACUGAAUAUGGAUAAAUGCAAGAAUGAAGAAACUCCCCGGGGUGACCUUCCUACUACUCAGCAUCACGCUGGAAAAAUGGCCCUUUCUAGGCCAGAGAAGGACCAUCCUCUUGACCUCGCUUCUCUUGGUUAUGAGAAGAAGAGCCGACAAGGUCAGUGUCACUUCAUUAUUAAUUUGGUUGACCUAAUGGUAUUGGGUCUGAUGAUGUAUAUCCCCCACGCAGGUAGCUCGUCCAGACGCUCGGCACACAGCUUUCUCGGCACGCAAUUUGAUGCAACGUCACUUGUUCUGAAUGGUGACGCCACAGGCAGCAGACAACAACAACAACAGGGUGGAACUUAG